GGAAGCGGCCCCGCCCCCGACGCGUCAUCUUUCUGCGCCGCGCCGAGCGCCGUUUUACACAGCGUGAUCCGCCUCCCGGAAAGAAGUGAGGAGGCUGACUAUGGCGGCCGCGGCGGAGCAGUGGGUACUGGUGGAGAUGGUGCAGGCGCUCUACGAGGCUCCUGCUUAUCAUCUUAUUUUAGAAGGGAUUCUAAUACUGUGGAUAAUCAGACUUCUUUUCUCCAAAACUUAUAAAUUACAAGAACGAUCUGAUCUUACAGUCAAGGAAAAGGAGGAAUUGAUUGAAGAGUGGCAGCCAGAACCUCUGGUUCCUCCUGUCUCCAAAAACCAUCCUGCUCUCAACUAUAACAUCGUUUCAGGCCCUCCAAGCCACAAGAUUGUGGUGAAUGGGAAAGAAUGUAUAAACUUUGCCUCCUUUAAUUUUCUUGGAUUGCUAGAUAACCCUCGGGUUAAGGCAGCAGCUUUAGCAUCUCUAAAGAAGUAUGGUGUGGGGACCUGUGGACCUAGAGGCUUUUAUGGGACAUUUGAUGUUCAUUUGGAUUUGGAAGAGCGCUUGGCGAAAUUUAUGAAGACUGAAGAAGCCAUUAUAUACUCAUAUGGCUUUUCCACCAUAGCCAGUGCAAUUCCUGCUUACUCUAAAAGAGGGGACAUCAUAUUUGUAGAUAGAGCAGCCUGCUUUGCUAUUCAGAAAGGAUUACAGGCCUCACGUAGUGAAAUUAAGUUAUUUAAUCAUAAUGAUAUGGCUGACCUGGAACAACUACUAAAAGAACAAGAAAUUGAAGAUCAAAAGAAUCCUCGCAAGGCUCGUGUGACUCGACGGUUCAUCAUAGUAGAAGGAUUGUAUAUGAAUACCGGAAGUAUUUGUCCUCUUCCAGAGUUGGUUAAGUUAAAAUACAAAUACAAGGCAAGAAUCUUUCUGGAGGAAAGCCUUUCAUUUGGAGUUCUUGGGGAGCAUGGCCGAGGAGUCACUGAGCACUAUGGGAUCAAUAUUGAUGACAUUGAUCUUAUCAGUGCCAACAUGGAGAAUUCACUUGCUUCCAUUGGCGGUUUCUGUUGUGGCAGAUCUUUUGUAAUUGACCACCAGCGACUCUCUGGCCAGGGGUACUGCUUUUCAGCAUCUUUACCUCCCCUGUUAGCUGCUGCUGCCAUUGAGGCCCUCAACAUCAUGGAAGAGAAUCCAGACAUUUUUGCAGUAUUGAAGAAAAAGUGCCAACAGAUUCAUAAAGCUUUACAAGGCAUUUCUGGAUUGAAGGUAGUGGGGGAGUCCUUUUCCCCAGCAUUUCAUCUGCAACUGGACGACAGCACCGGAUCUCGAGAAGAAGAUGUUAAACUGCUCCAAGCAAUCAUAAGUCAGUGCAUGGACAAAAGUAUUGCAUUAACUCAGGCCCGCUACUUGGAGAAAGAAGAGAAAUGUCUCCCUCCUCCGAGCAUCAGAGUUGUGGUCACAGUAGAACAAACAGAGGAAGAGCUAGAGAGAGCUGCAUCAACCAUUAAGGAAGCAGCACAGGCUGUCCUGCUAUAGGCCGAGCUUAGCACCCGAUGGCCUCCACCGUGGACAUGUAGACAGAUGGGACUCCUCAGAGGUAUCUCAGAAGGACUCAUGAUGUCUGACGGGAUUGUUACCACCCAGUGUGGGAAUAGACUGAAUGUGUGACUGAGACAAAGAUGGGAUGCUCGUUAUUUUUACAAAGAACCAUCUAAACACCCAGGAACUGAUUUUUUAAGAGGAAUACUAACAACGGCACCUACCCUAGUGUUUCAGUUCUUCUAUCUAGCACUGUUUAAAUGUUUUAUCAUAGUACUCUUUCAUAUUAUUUUUAUUGAAACUGGAGCUCUAGUUUCUGUGCUCUCCUUCUGUGGUAAUGAUUCUGUAAGCGUAUCUUAAUAUUUCUUAAAAACAGCUUUGCAAUAAGUAAGGCUAACAGGAAUACUUUGUAUGUGUUAACACAGUUUGCUACGGAAGAUGUAAUUCAACCACAUCUUCUCCAUUCUUCAUGUAAAGCUAAAUGGUGACUGACAUGCAAAGGAACACUGUUUGUAUAAUUAUUAUAAAUUUCAUUAUUUGUGGAGUGCAGACUUUGAUACACACUAGAUACUGAUAUGAUACCAUUCCAAUCUGAAUAUCCUUAACCAGAGAAUAUUUGUUCUAUUUCCUACAUGAGCAAUAAUUUGAAUCAAUCACUAUUUUAAUAUAGAUAUUGGUCUUUACGUUUAUUAGGUGUUAAUUUAGAAUUAUACAAAUAAUAGGGUUAUUCUGUUGAUCAAAAAAUAUGUAAUGCUCCUAGAUACUUUAAAAUGUCUCAAAUGUGCUUUUUUUUUUUUUUUUUUUUUUUUUUUUUUUGUAUAGUGAAUUUGCUAGGGAAAUGAAACCAUUGGCUUUUUUUUUUUUUUUUUUUUAAUGUAGGAGAACUAUACUACCACUCAACCGCUACUGAAAGGUUGGCAGCCCUGAGAAAUCCUUUAUUCAUGUAGCAUGUUACGGAUGCAUUUCUACUCCCAAAGCAAGGAGGGGCAGACAUGUCCAACAUGCAAACCAUUGGCUUUUUAUAAGCUAAGAAAAAUGAGAACUUGUGCUUUUCAUUUCUGAGUUCCAUAUAUCUAAAAGAUGUUAAAGCUUUAAAAAUAAAUUUUUAAGCUGUACUAUAGCUGUUUUUUAUUAAACAAACCAAGUUAAAUAAUUAAAAAGUUUUGUGAUAUUUAUCACAAAAGAGUAAAUAUUAAUUUCAUCUUCAUAUUUAAAAGAUAUAAAAUUAUAAAACAAAUGUCAUUUUUAUAAUCUGUGUUCAUAUUAACAAAAAGUCUUCAACUUCUUUUUAAGUGACAUAUUUUUUUAAUGUUUAACCUAUACUGCUUGAGGUAUUUCAUACAAGUGUGCCUUGUGAUUGCUGCAGCAUUAAAAGAUACAAUACUGUCUAGGGGAUAGGCUUGUUUUGUUUUGUGUUUUAAUGAAUUAAACUUGCAUUCCUGAUGA